CUAGUCCUCACAGCUCCCUGACUUCUGACAGUAGACGAAACGAACUUAUUGUGCGUGGUUUAAGUCGAUCUCACAUCCUUGACCGCCACAAAUUCGUAGCGACAAAAGUGUCAAUGUACCUAAGUUGACACUACUUCAUAAUGUUGCGUAUUCGACAGUGACUAUUUAAACUGUAUUUCAUAUAAAAUAAGCAAUCCAAAUCUCAUUUUACUUAUGAGCAAUUUUGAGUCCAUCGGUGCAGACAUACAAUCUCAAUUUGACAAGGCUUCGUUAACGCGGAAGUCCUUAAGAGCUUCAACUAAUUGAUUAAGAAGGCUUUCUUAGGAGAGCGGAAGUACUUUUGAUUAUGAAGACUCCACCAGCAGCACAAAAACUGCCUUUCUACUCAAUAAUUAACGUGUUACAAUAUCCAAAGGUUAUAUUGUCUGGUCUACGAGCCCAGAAUGAGUAAAGUAGAUGCGCACCUAUGGAUUUAGAGCAUCCCCCAACAUAUUCUGAAACCAGCUUCAUCCAUAUAACUGGCAGGUCAUGCAGUCCACUUUGGCAGAGUCAACAAACAGUUAGUACGAAAAAUAAAGCAAUCUUCUCGUGUGAUUCAAUAGUUUUCAUGGUAACCAGUUUACGUCAGAUUGCGUAAAUCUAACAUAAUCUGGUUAUCAUGGAAACCAUCUCAGUGCACAUAUCUCGGAGCUGGAGGAAUGGGUAGAAGUGUUGCAGCUACUGAUAUGUUUAAGUGAAUAAUAUAGACAUUAGUAAGUUAACCUGUUGUGACAAAAUGAAGACUGUCUCUUAGGCUCACUCGAAGCAUUCCGGCGGGUUUUGCUGUCCGCUGAUCAUACCCGUGCCUGGUUUAGCCACUUUACCUGUAUAUUUUCAGAGUGACUACUAAGUAUAGAGCCGCUUUAAAAGUCAGGGCGACUGAAACACAAAUUAUUUUGUGAUCUUUCGUUUUUCCAACUGGUAUUUGCGAAAAAUUCGAAUUUGUUCCAGGAGUUGCAUUUUGUGUUGACACAAUUAUCUGAGAAUGAAAGUUGGGUUUUAUACCUUUCCAUGAAUCGAUGUAGGUUUGUUUGUGCAUGAUGUCUCUUAGCGUAGCGUGCUCUUCAUAAACAAAUUUAACUAUUUUAGAAAGCAUGUAAUGCACGCGACCGAAUAUCGAAUUAUGCAGAUGAAAUAAGUGGGAGAACAGCAAGCAUAUCUGCACGCCCUGCCUUACUGGACAGUCUUUUCGACUGUGCAUUAUGCAACUUCGGCUCAAAAUUCCUGUGCUUUUAAUCCCACUUUACGCCUCUCGAUUUGCAACGUGCGUAACUUGCCUGCGGGCACUCAAGGUCAUAUAAUUUGUUUAAGUUGUUAUAGUGUGAUUACAUGGAUAUCCUCCAUUUCAAAUGGACGCAAAUGAUAGGAUUUCGAAAGUGGAAGACCUGUUAAACCAAUACAUUUUAGAUAUCUCCAAGUAUAUUUUGCAUGAGGAAAAGAACAAAAAUGAAAUAUCAGCCAUCCACAGUCUCCCCUUGAGGCCCUAUCUCGAAAACCAACUGGUUCCCGUUUUGAUACAAGGGCUGCGGUAUUUAAAUCGUGAAAGGUAAACUACUUUGUCUUAAUCUCAUGUUGAAGACCUGAACGGCCUAUUGAGUACCUGGCCGCGUUUCUUUACAAAAACAGGGAGGGAAAGUGA